AUGGGUCUUUUAUCUCUUGGAACUCCACUGCCUUGGGACAAAUCCCAACAAUAUACAGAGCUCAUUAGGCAUCAUGGAAUUGAACAAUUUUUGGCGCUGUAUAAUAAAAUGAAAGAUAAAAAAACAGAAUGUUUGCUUUUCGGCGAUGAAGUUGAAUAUAUGGUUAUUUUUAUGGACCAUAACAACAAGAAUGCGAAAUUAAGUUUAAGAGUUUCCGAGAUUUUCUCCGAACUUGCAAAGGAAGAGGCGGAGGCAGAGAAUGACCCAAAAAAAACGGUACAGAGUGGAUGGCGGCCAGAAUAUGCAAGAUAUAUGCUAGAAGGCACACCAGGAACUCCAUUCGGAAACCGAUUAGUGGAUCUAACUCGCGUAGAAUCUAGUAUGAAACUACGUCGACAAACUGUUAUGAAAUAUUUGAGGGCAAACGAAACCGUCGUCACCGUCACCAGUUUUCCUAGGCUUGGUUGCCUCGGUGAAUUUCUAGAACCACAUUUUGAACCAGGCGGGCCUGUGGCAAAAAGUCUUUUCGUUCCUGAUGAAGUUAUCAACCCGCAUCCGAGAUUUCCGACAUUGACGGCUAAUAUCCGUACUAGGCGUGGAUCCAAAGUGGCUAUCAAUAUGCCGAUAUUUCAUGAUAUUAAAACACCAAAGCCAUUCAUUGAUCCUACAAUACCGUGGAAUCGGGACAAAUUUCCGGAAGAUAGAGAGGCCGCUUCGGGAGCUGCUUUGCCUGAUCAUAUUUACAUGGAUGCAAUGUCUUUCGGAAUGGGAAGUUGCUGUUUGCAGAUUACAUUUCAAACACGCACAAUAGGUGAUGCCAGGAGACUAUACGAUCAGCUGGCCACGUUGACGCCUAUAAUGUUGGCCCUAACAGCUGCUGCUCCGAUAUGGCGUGGAUAUCUUUCUGAUACUGACUGUCGCUGGGACGUUAUUGCAAGUAGUGUCGACGAUAGGACGAAGGAAGAAAGAGGCCUUGAGCCAUUGAAGAACAACAAGUUUGUCAUAAAUAAAUCUCGAUACGAUUCAAUUGACACCUAUAUUUCGACGGACGCCCGUCUUAAACCAGAAUACAAUGACCUUCCUCUAGUUUACGAUGAGUCGAUAUACAAGAAACUCAUAGAUAACGGUAUCGAUGACCUGUUGGCGCGGCAUCUUGCUCACUUGUUCAUCCGCGAUCCUUUGGUAAUAUAUGACGAACUCUUGCAUCAAGACAACGAGACGUCAACUGACCAUUUCGAGAACAUACAAUCAACAAACUGGCAAACGGUACGCUUCAAACCACCGCCACCAAACUCGAACAUUGGAUGGAGAGUCGAAUUUCGCAGUAUGGAAGUCCAAAUUACAGAUUUCGAGAACGCAGCAUUUGCGAUUUUCAUUGCAUUGUUGACGCGAAUCAUCCUGGUAUAUGGGCUUAAUUUCUAUAUACCAAUCUCCAAGGUUGACCAAAACAUGGGGAUCGCCCACAAACGCGGUGCAGCGCUGAAUGAAGAGUUUUGGUUUAGGAAAAGCAUUUACGACGAUCCUGUUCCACCGGCCGGUGGCUGUCAUAAGGGACACCAUGUCUCUGAAAUCAAUGGUGCCAACCUAACCAACGGUUCUACGAACGCUAAAUGGGAAAAGAUGACAAUAGACCGAAUCAUUAAUGGAGAUGAUGGGCAUUUUAUAGGGCUGAUUCCACUCAUUAAAAGGUAUCUCGAUACGUCGGACAUUGAUCAUGAUACGCGCAGACAACUAGACAGAUAUCUAGACUUAGUAAGCAAGAGAGCUAGUGACACAUCUAUUCCAACAGGAAAUUUACCAACAACCGCGACGUGGAUCCGGGAGUUUGUCCGGUCACACCCCAAAUAUAACUACGACUCGGUCGUUAGUCAAGAGAUUAAUUAUGAUCUAUUCAAGACGAUUGAAAAAAUACAAACAGGACAGACAAAAGUCCCAGCGUUCCUGGAUGGCUUUGAGAUCUGA